AUGCCAAAGGUGAAACGGCGGUUCCCCGCCGCGACUGACCCAGUACACUCCACUCGGCUCGAUGCAAAACAGCUUGGGCAACCCUUCGGCUUUCUUUUCGGCGAUACCAUCCGGUGCAUCCCAUCCGGCCACGAUCGCAGAGAGGGCGAAUGGUCGUACGGACGAGUAGAGCGUGUAGGCUUGGAAGUAGAGGGAUAGUCGUUCGAUGACGGGAGACGAGCCGAAUGGCAAGAUCUGGUGGCCAUGACCAAGGUUUUGAUCCUAGACCGAGCCCGUCAAAUGAGGAUUCGUGCGCACAUCCCGGAACUCAGCUCGGAGGAGCAGCUCUCCCACACGGUCCAUGCACGACUCGCUGCUCGCCGAACGGCCAUCAAGAUCGACACCCUUCGUCUGGCGGAUGGGUCGCCCUCACCGGACCUUACCAAGUGCUUGGACCACGCGCGAGCAUACUUCCAAGACCACCACACGCCAGAUGAUCGCGAUCCCGCUCAAGUCGAAGCUGCUCGCUCUACCCUUCUCGAUCCCGUACGACGCGCUUUACCAAAAGGCAAGAAGCACUUCGAUUCAAGGUUCAUGAGGCCGAUGACUGCGCGACACGCCAAGCUGCUCGAGGAACCUUUCACUGCCGACGAGUUUGCAGCCGCAAUUGCCAAGACUGACAAGGGCCGAAGUCCAGGAGCGAGCGGGCUACCUUACGAGAUGUAUCAGUCCUCCCCAACUGUCUUUGCGGAGCUACUGGCCUCGACUUGUAAUGAGGCGUGGACGAAAGGUGCUCUGCCUGAAUCGAUGACCAAAGGAAUUGUCCGCCUCCUCAAAAAGUCAAAGCCUGACGCUGACUACUCGGACCUCAAGUACUACCGCCCGAUCACGCUUCGCGAGUGCUCGUACAAGUUGAUGACCAAGGUCCUCGUAGCAAGGCUGAACAAAGUGCUGCCAUCCGUUCUUCCCCCUUCACAACACGGUUUCAUGCCUGGUCGAAAGGCCUCAGACGCGGGAAGUCACUUGUCCCUGCUCCUUGAACAAAUUCGCUCCCUUGACCUUGCUGACUCGGCUCUCCUAUCGCUUGAUCAGGAAAGCGCAUAUGACCUAGUUGAUCAUGACUGGAUCAUGAGCGUCUUUCGAGCGAUGAGAGCGCCAGAAAGCUUCCUUGGCCUUCUCAACGUUAUCUACAGAUCGGUGUCACUUCGUUACAUCAUCAAUGGAUACCUCACGGAGGCUGUGCGCAUGCUGUGCGGGCUGGGGCAAGGGUAUCCCGUGAGUUGUCCCAUCUGGAACGUGUGCUUUCAGCCCUACCUCGAUGCCCUAGUGA